UAUAAUUUUCAUUAAACAAAUAUAUCUAUCUGGCGUCAUGCAUGAUAAACAUGUUGAAUUCCAUACAUAAUUAUAUAAAUAAAAACUCAACUCCAUGUUUUGUUUUGUGUUUCUUCUCAUAUAUUAAAGUUUCAAGUCUCUGACUUGGAUAGUUUUAUUUUAAAACAUAAAACUAAGAUACUGUAAUAGAGAGAUGAUCAUGGAGGCCCAUAAAGUUUUUGGGAAAGAAGACGGAAUCUUCUGUCCUAAAUGGCUAAAUGUUUCAUUUUCACCGAUUUCUCUUUUCUUUGGUGGUGAAGCUGCUUGUUUUCCUUGUAUGACAGCUGAUUCAAAGGCAGAAACUUUCACUCUAUGGAUGAAGUCUCUUAUCAUGCAAGGAAAUGGUCUAACAGUUUUCAAUGAAAAUGGUCAGAUUGUUUUUCGCAUCGACAAUUAUGAUGAGAAGAGCAGCAGGGAGGUUUCUUUGAUGGAUCUUGGAGGGAGACUUCUCUUCACGCUACGUCGAAAGAGUAUAUGGUUUGUGUGUGAUUGGGAAGGAUUUAAAGAGGAUGGUAAUGUAAAUAAUGAGGAAAGAAAACCAUUCUUUAGAGUGAAAAAGGUUCUCGGAUUUUUCAGUAAAAAGUUAAGCUGUGAUGUAAAAUUUUAUGGAGAUGAAUCUCCGGCAAGUUUGUGCUAUAGGUUCGAAGGGUUGUGGGGCAAAACAACUUUCAGAAUAUUAGACAAUCGUGGAGGUGUUGUCGCAGAGGCAAAGAGAAAGCAAUCAUCUAUAGGGGUUCUAUUGGGAGAAGAUGUUUUGAGUUUGGUCCUAGUACAGACUAAUUUAGACCAUUCCCUUCUCAUGGCUCUUGUGACUGUUUACCUAUUGAUUCAACACAGAAUAUGAUUCAUUUAUUUCAAAAGAGUAAACAAGGAGACAAACCUGGGAACAAUGCAUGAAAGAAUCUGAUGAUUCUUUGCUUCACGCAGCCAAAAUUGCAAAUUGGACCCAAAAUAUCCAGCUUCUUGACCAAUCCAACCCAACGCUUUUUGUCCUUUUCUCCCUUCAAUUCUUUCAAGAGAAUUAGGAGCAGCCAUCGAAAAGUAUGCAAUUGAAUUCAGAAAUAUUGUAUAUGAAUACUUUUACACUGUAUUGUUAGUGGAUUUCUUCUGUCUGAUAAGAUAUGGGUUGUUGGUUACUGACCACCUUCAGGUUCUUCAAUUAUGAGGCUUGGUGCCUGGUGGGAUGAGAAUUUUAUGCAAAAA